CGCUCCCGCUAGAUGUCGCGUAAUUGUAUAUAUGAUAAGCGCCUGCAGUUGCUAUGCACAGAGUAUCUCACUCUGGACAUGCCGCGUGAGUCUUUUGUUUUGCAUCAUUUGUUUUUUACGGGCUUCAAUAAUAAACCAAAUGCCUCGAUCAUCAGUCUUACGAUACCGGCUCGAACGGUCUGUGCGAAUUACGUUAAUGCUUACUGCAGGAAUAUAGUAAAUUUAAGUUUUCUUCCAAGAACAGUUUAGUUCCAAACAUUCGGGAAUAAAAAGGUAUGUUUUAUUGUUUGUCAAAUUUGGGUAGCUCUGUUGAGAUUAAUUAUUUAUAAACAGAUUUUAUCCGCCCCUCAAAAAGAUGUCGAAUAACAGAAAAAGACGAAUUGACACAAAUCAUAAUUUUUUGGAUCUGUCAGAAGAUGAGCAAAUAAAUUUAAAUUUGAUACGGGAAAGAUGCACCCAAAAUUGUAAAAGAUUUCGGCAAAUCAUAUCCAGCACGUCUGAACACGAAGAAGAUACUUCAACGGAAUCUGGCAGAAAUCUCACAGAAAUUACAUGGACGAAAGAAUUAUUUCGGCCAACUAUUCAUAAGUUUAGUUCCAAACAUUCGGGAAUAAAAGCAUCGAUUAGUUAUUCAGCAUCGAUUUUAGAGUUUUUUCAAUUAUUUUGUUCUGAAAACUUUAUAAAUUUCAUUGUCAGCACAACACACGAUUAUCGGAAUUACCUUGAUAAGAAUAUUACUAACGUAAAUUAUCAAAGCACUUCUGUCCCUGAGAUGUAUUGCUUUCUCGCCGUCAAAUUAUUAAUGUCGCGAAAUAAAAAACUGACAUAUUCUGAGUACUGGUCUAACGACACAUUGUUGAAGAGCAACAUUUUUGGCGAAGUUAUGAGUAGGGAUAGAUUUCUAUAUUUGUUAAAAAUCUUACAUUUUAAUACGAAUAAUGUAACUGCGGAUACUGAUAAAUUGUAUAAAAUACGGGAAAUAUGCGAUAAGCUCCGACAAAGUUUUCAGCAGGCGUUUUAUCCAUUCGAAAACCUUUGUAUUGAUGAAAGUCUACUUCUUUACAAAGGCAGAUUAUCGUUCAAGCAAUACAUUCCUUCCAAGAGAAAUAGAUUUGGAAUUAAAUCCUUCAUUUUAUGUGACACCCAUUCUGGGUUUGCGCAAGAUUUUAUUAUUUAUAAUGGAUCACUGACUAUAGUAAACUUUGAAAAUGAAUUUAUCGGAAAAUCAGGCAAUAUAGUCAUGGAAUUAUUAAAACCUUACUUAGGUAAAGGCCACACAUUAUAUGUGGAUAAUUGGUAUACCAGCCCGGCACUUUUCACUCUUUUACAUAAAAACGCAACUAACGCAUGUGGAACUGUCCGAAAAAGACGAAAAGGCAUGCCGAUUUUCCAGGAUAAAUUAAAUACUGGUGAAGCGAGUUUCCGUUCUUCUAAGCAUUUACUAGCAAUGAAAUGGUGUGACAAGAGGGAAGUAUAUAUGCUAUCUUCUUGA